AUUCUGUGGACUAUUUUAUCUUUUUCUAUUUACACUAAUUUUUUAUUUUAUUAUAUUGCUGGUUCAAAAUUUCGUGCAGCUUGUUUAGAAACAUGGACUGAUAUCUGUGACUAUAUACAAACAAAACUUGAUUGUAAUGGUCAACGAUCACGAAGUUCACGUAAUCCACCAACAAAUCAAAGAUGUGCCAAGCAUCGAAUGUUAACAUCCUGCCAGGUCCGUACCGUGAAUCUUAUUAAUCCACCUCGCCGAUCUCCAUAG